AGUUUAGAAGAUUUUGAAACAUUCAGGAAAACAAGUCCCUCAUAAUUUUACUUCCUGAUAGAUGGCAGAGUGGCGUGAUCUUUUUACAGUGAAAGUCAGGGCAGGUCACUCCCCUACCCCAUGUUCUCCCCUAGCCUUCCAUCUGAAAGUGAACAUUAGUCCUCGCAGUGGCCCUUCAUUAUCUGCUUCCCAUCUCCAUCUCCUGUCACAGCCCUGCUCUGGUUCAGGUUCUUUGCAUGCACCAAACACUUUGCUGCUUCAGGGCUUUCUACUUGCUCUUUCUUCUGCCUAAAACCUCUUUGCUGUAUUCACGUGGCUUGCUCUCUCAGUUGCUUCAGAAUUGAGAACGUAGUCUUACCAAUUUCUGACUUCAGUUGAAUUCCUGUUGAGAAAGGCUGUAUGACUACCUGACAUAUGAAUUUGCUUUUUUCUAGUGGAAUGUCCUCAUUGUGUGAGGAGGGACUUUGUUCUGUGGUGUCCACGGUGGCUAGAAUAAGGCCUGGUGGUAUUUGGAAACUAGACCAUGUGCCUAGGUAGAAGCUGUUCUUUUCUCCACAGCUCUGCACCCCCAGCAACACCUACCACGCCCUUGUUUUGAGAGCCUCACUGAGCGGGUCCAUCAGCAGUCUGCAGACAGGUAUUCCGAAGUCCCUGGACCAGGUCAUUCCUGAGGUCCACUUCAGCUCUUACAUCCUGCCUUGCCUGCAUCCAGCCAUGGGGGAUAUGAAGACUCCAGACUUUGACGACCUUCUGGCUGCCUUUGACAUCCCAGACCCCACUAGCCUUGAUGCCAAGGAGGCCAUCCAGACCCCCAGUGAGGAGAAUGAAAGCCCCCUCAAACCCCCAGGGUUGUGUGUGGAUGAGAACGUGUCCUUGUCUCACUCAGGCUCAGCCUCGGAUGUGCCGGCUGUGAGUGUCAUCGUCAAGAAUACCAGCCGCCAGGAGUCGUUUGAGGCGGAGAAAGACCACAUCGCCCCCAGCCUCCUGCACAAUGGGUUCCGGGGCUCCGACCUGCCUGCAGACCCCCACAGUCUAGGCCACAACUGUGGGAAGUUUGACUCCACGUUCAUGAAUGGAGAUAGUACCAGGGGUUUCCCCAGCAAGCUGGAGGCCUCCAAGUCAGAGCCGUUACCAACUUUUAACCAGUUUAGUCCGAUCUCCAGCCCAGAGCCCGAGGAUGCCAUCAAAGACAAUGGGUUUGGGAUGAAGCCCAAGCACUCUGACAGUUACUUCCCGCCCCCUCCUGGGUGUGGGUCUGUGGGGGGCCCUGUCCUGGAGGCUCUCACAAAGUUUCCGGUCCCAGAGCUGCAUAUGUUUGAUCACUUUUGUAAGAAAGAACCCAAGCCUGAGCCCCUGCCCCUUGGCAGUCCGCACGAGCACGAGCGAGGUGGGCAGAAAGCAUUGGAGGUGCACAAGGAACUAGAUGCCAGUCGAUUCUUCGGGGACGCCCUGGACUUCAGUAGCCAUCCCGGCAACAGUGUUGGAGAGCCCAAGGGGCUGGCCUCAGAGCUUGGCGCCGGCUCAGCAGUGCCCCCCAGGCAGCGCCUCAAGCCAGCUCAUUCCAAGCUGUCCUCCUGUGUUGCGGCCUUGGUGGCCUUGCAGGCUAAACGAGUGGCCAGUGUCGCCAAGGAGGAUCAGCCCAGCCACGCGAAGGAUCCCUCAGGGCCCACGAAGGAGGGCUCCAAAGGCAGCCCCAAGAUGCCCAAGUCACCGAAGAGUCCCCGGAGCCCCCUGGAGGCCACUCGAAAGGGCAUCAAGCCCUCCGACAGCCCUCGGAGCAUCUGUAGUGACAGCAGCAGCAAGGGCUCCCCCUCCGUGGCUGCCAGCUCCCCACCAGCAAUCCCCAAAGUCAGGAUCAAAACCAUUAAGACGUCUUCAGGGGAAAUCAAGCGGACGGUCACGAGGAUCCUGCCAGACCCUGACGACCCCAGUAAGUCCCCUGUUGGUUCACCAUUAGGAAGCGCCACCGCCGAGGCCCCGAGCGAGGCACCGGAGGACGAGGCCACCACCCUGUCCGGAGUGGAGCACUUUGCUGAGGUGGACGCACAUCCCGGGAGCCCCCAGAGUGACCAGAAAGGGGAGGAGUGCACGGCGAAAGCCAGCGAGCCUUCACCUUCCUCCUGCAGCUCUGGGGCCCGGGGUCCAAAGGGGGCUGCCUUGGGCACGCAGGCGGGCAGAAAGCCGCAGCAAAGCCCGGCGCCGCCAGCCUCCACCCCCGCCCCUGCCAACCUCCUACCCAAGGCCGUGCACCUGGCCAACCUGAACCUGGUCCCCCACAGUGUGGCAGCAUCAGUGACGGCCAAGUCCUCCGCGCAGAGGCGGAGUCAGCCUCAGCCCACGCAGAUGUCAGUGCCCCUGGUCCACCAGGUGAAGAAGGCCGCCCCGCUGGUCGUGGAGGUCUUCAACAAGGUCCUCCACAGCUCCAACCCCGUGCCCCUCUACGCGCCCAACCUCAGCCCGCCUGUGGAUAGCAGGAUCCACGUGCCAGCCAGUGGCUACUGCUGCCUGGAGUGUGGGGAUGCGUUCGCCUUAGAGAAGAGCCUGAGCCAGCACUAUGGCCGGCGGAGCGUCCACAUCGAGGUGCUGUGCACGCUGUGCUCCCAGACGCUGCUCUUCUUCAACAAGUGCAGCCUGCUCCGGCAUGCCCGUGACCACAAGAGCAAGGGGCUCGUCAUGCAGUGCUCUCAGCUGCUUGUGAAACCCAUUUCUGCGGACCAGAUGUUCGUGUCCACCUCUGGGAACUCCACGGCGCCAGCCGCUGCGGCGUCUCCCUCCCCCUCCCAGCCCGGCCCGGCUUCCAGCAAUGCCAACACCCCACUCCCCGCCUUGCCACUCUACCCGGACCCCGUGAGGCUCAUCCGGCACAGUAUCAAGUGCCUGGAGUGUCACAAGCAGAUGCGUGACUACAUGGCGAUGGCCGCACACUUCCAGAGGACGACUGAGGAGACCGAGGGGCUGACCUGCCAGGUGUGCCAGAUGCUGCUGCCCAACCAGUGCAGCUUCUGCGCCCACCAGCGGAUCCACGCCCACAAGUCCCCCUACUGUUGUCCGGAGUGCGGGGCCCUCUGCCGCUCUGCCUACUUCCAGACCCACGUAAAGGAGAACUGCCUGCACUAUGCCCGCAAGGUGGGCUACAGGUGCAUCCACUGUGGGGUUGUCCACUUGACCUUGGCCUUGCUGAAAAGCCACAUCCAGGAGCGGCACUGCCAGGUCUUCCACAAAUGUGCGUUCUGCCCCAUGGCCUUCAAGACUGCCAGGAGCACCGCGGACCACAGCGCCACCCAGCAUCCCACCCAGCCCCACAGACCCUCCCAGCUCAUUUAUAAGUGCUCCUGUGAAAUGGUCUUCAACAAGAAGAGGCACAUCCAGCAGCACUUUUACCAGAACGCCAGCACGGCGCAGGUGGGCGUCUUCAAGUGCCCUGAGUGCCCGCUCCUGUUCCUGCAGAAGCCGGAGCUGAUGCAGCAUGUCAAGAGCACCCAUGGUGUGCCCCGCAACGUGGACGAGCUGUCCAGCCUCCAGUCCUCAACAGACUCAUCUUCAAGUCGCCCUGGCCCUCGAGUGCCUGCUGAGCCGCCAGCCCCCAGUGUGACUGCUCGGGGCAGUGCCCUGCCCUCCAGCCGCUGGGGCAGGCCCGAGGCCCACCGCAGGGCUGAGGCCAGGCCCCGGCUGAGGAACACCGGCUGGACCUGCCAGGAGUGCCAGGAGUGGGUUCCAGAUCGGGAGAGCUACGUGUCCCACAUGAAAAAGAGCCACGGUCGGACGUUGAAGCGGUACCCGUGUCGGCAGUGUGAACAGUCCUUUCACACCCCCAACAGCCUGCGCAAACACAUCCGCAACAACCAUGACACAGUGAAGAAAGUCUACACUUGUGGGUAUUGCACAGAGGAUAGCCCCAGUUUUUCUCGGCCCUCCCUCCUGGAGAGCCACAUCAGCCUUAUGCACGGUAUCAGAAAUCCUGAUUUGAGCCGGACGUCCAAAGCCAGACCUUCGGGUGGACAUUCCCCUCAGGUGAACCAUCUGAAAAGACCAGUCAGCGGAGUGGGGGCCGCUCCUGACACCAGCAACGGCACGCCAGUCUCUUCCACCAAAAGGCACAAGUCGCUUUUCCAGUGUGCGAAAUGUAGCUUUGCCACGGACUCAGGGCUGGAGUUCCAGAGCCACAUACCUCAGCACCAGAAGGACAGCUCCACAGCCCAGUGCCUCCUCUGUGGCCUGUGCUACACCUCUGCCGGCUCCCUCAGCCGCCACCUCUUCAUCGUCCACAAGGUGAGAGACCAGGAGGAGGAAGAGGCAGAGGCGGCGGAGCCAGAGGAGGGCUCUGGGGAGGAGGUGCCCAUGGAGACCAGGGAGAACGGACUGGAAGAAGGUGCCGAGGAGCCUCUGGUGGGCGACUCCGAGACGGGGAGAUCCCUGGGCCUGGCCCAGGACGAGGAUGGGGCCCAAGACGCUCCCAGUCGACCACAGACCUCUCAGGACCGGGACAGCCUCACACCGUCCCCGCAGGUGUGACCGGAGGCCCUGCGGUGCAUGGUCGGGGUGGCGCCAUGGUGUCCUCCGCCUGCUGUGUGGACAGUGGGAAGGAACAGGCCCCGCCCGGCGUGAGUGUGUCUGGCUGUGUCCUGGAGCAGUGUCUGCCCUGAGCUGCGGGGGGCUGGGUGGCCCCCAGCCCUGGGAGAUGCGGGGUCGCCCAGGACCCUCACAGCUCCGAAUCUGCUUCUGUUAUUUAUGGCUUUGUGCUGCUUCUCGGUACCCCAACUCUCGUCUGUGUCCUUCCAACCCCGACGCGGUCACCUCUGCUCAAGGCCCUUCAGCAGCCGCGCUCUUCUGGGAGGUCCCCUUUCUCUGCCUUCAGCCGGGGCCUCCCUGCAGCAGCUUGCUUCACAAUACCAGAGCCUGAGACAGGGGAGGAGGGUGCUGGCGUGUUCCCCCUCUGAGAGAGCUCGCCCCACCUGGCUUGCAGAGGGCUCUCGGUCCCCGUGCCCUUCCUCUCUGUCUUCUCUGAUUCCUUCCCUGCAAACAGUCCUGAGGAUGCAUUGUCGUGCGGGCUCAUCCUGUCUGUGUGGGCGGGAAAAGCUUCUGUUUGGAAGCUGGGCGCAGAGAGGCAGGACCUCCCCUUCCCCCACCACCCCCUCAAAGGAGCUGUGCGUCCUUGUUCUGCUGCUGUUCUGCCUUUCCUGAUGAGCGGGGUUCGAGGCACACAGACAUGGGGAUAUUUGUACUCUUGCUCCUGUGCCAUUAGAGAGGCCGCUGCCCCAGCAGCCAGCCCCUCCUCCUCUCCGCUACACUCAUGUUGCUCAGACUAUAUUUCAAAUAAAAGAAAACCUUCUUACCAUG